CACACAGCUACGACCUUCAAGGCGACGCGCCGAAAUGGGACACACCGGAGGUGGAUAUGGCUUGGCUUGCCAGGCAACCCCUCCCACGCCCCACGCCCACAAACCUGCAAGAAGCAAGCCACAAACAAACCACAAGCAAGCAAGCAAGCAAGUGGCUUGUGGAGUUGCCGCACUUUCCCACAAGCCAACGAGCAAAGCAACCCCAGCCACAGCAUUGACCAACGAGCAUGGAGAAGGAGCUGAGCGUGUGCCUGGACGCGCCUGCGGAUGGGGUGAAGCUGGAUACGGUGAGCGUGAGCGGGUGCAUCCGGCUGGUUGUGAAGCGAGGGGACCAGGAUGGCAAGCUGCAGCCGGGGGACGAGCUGCUGACCAUCAACGAAGCCCCGGCGCCAAACAUUCUGCUGGCAAACAGGGCGCUCAAGACCAAAGGCACCUCCCUCGUGAUCAAGCGCAACCCAAUGGCGGUCGUGGGCAAGCCCGCCACACUGACCACAGUUGUGAAACAGCAAGCAAAGGGGCGCACAAACAGCGCUGGCGCCGCGCACCAUGGCACUGCUGCUGCUUCCCGGCCUCCAGCACACCACGGCGCAGAAACCACUGCAGCACCACCGCUGUCGCCGUCGCGCCUGUCGCCAAUGGCCCGAAAGACGGCAGACCUCAUCAGCAAGGCGAAGAAGGAGCUCGCCUCCAACAAGCUCGUGCGGCGCCGCCGCUCUAGCUUCUCCACGCGCGAAAAGCAUAUGCGUCUCUUCAUCUCCAGCAGUUUCGUAGACAUGCACCUCGAGCGUGACCUCCUCAUGAAGCACGUGUUCCCGAAAGUGCGCAAUGCGUGUCUGCAAAUGGGUGCGCAGUUCACGGAGAUUGACCUCCGCUGGGGCAUUGACGAGCAGUCCCAGAUGCCACAAGUCAUCGCCACCUGCCUCACCGAGGUCACGCGCUGUCGGCCCUUCAUCCUCUGCAUUCUCGGCCACCGCUACGGCUGGCAGCCCCCAAUGGAAGCGCUGCAAGAGGCGUGCGGGCUGGCACCAGACCUGCAGUGGACGCUGGACGCGCACGGGUGCAGCAUCACCCAUAUGGAGGCCAUGGCAGGCAUCUUGCGUCUGCCAGAGAGCGAGCGCCGCGGGCUCGUGUACCUGCGUAGCGAGGAAUACCUGAAGACAUUGGAGAAACCUCUGCAGCAAGAGUACAGCACAACUGAUGCGGACGCGCGCAGCAAGAUGGCGGAGCUGAGGCAGACGCUGCUCAACACCAGAGGCAUCACCGUCCGCACGUACAACAGGCCCGAUGACCUGCCCCAGAUGGUCAUGGAGGACUUGCUUGCACGCUGCCAGGGCGCAUUUGCCCACGAGGCCCUCACAGACCCAUACCAGCAGGACAAUUUCUCCCACAACGCGUUUGGCGCGUCGCGCGCCGCCACCUACAUCCCCUUUCCACACCUGCAAGAGCUGAUUGGCGACAUACAGCAGCGAAGCAGCAACACCCCCGUGCACGUCCUUGGCGAGUCGGGCACGGGCAAGAGCUCCAUCAUGGCUGCCUUCCUCGACCAAGUGCUUGAGCAACCAAACGCCCUUACCUUCUUCCAUUUUAUCGGCCACAGCAGCCACAGUGCGCACCACGUCAACCUGCUCAAGCGGCUGCUGCACCAGCUGAAGCAGUGGGCGCCAGAUACCAUCACAGAGCCCGUGCCCAGCACUGCCGCACAGCUCGCCGCCGCACUCCCCUCGUGGCUCUCCACCGCCUCCACCGCACGCAACGACAAGACCAUCUUCAUCUGUUUGGACGCGCUGAACCAGCUGCAGAACAUCGACAACGCACAUGAGCUUGCGUGGCUGCCAAAGGUGUUCCCGGCAAACGUGCGCGUUGUCCUCUCCAGCACGCCGUGCCGGAGCGCUGAUGUCGUUUCCAAGCGAGGGUGGGACGUGAAACACAUGCCGCACAUUGGUAAGUAUGAACGCAUCACCUACGCGCUUCUCUUCCUUAACAAGCGCGGCAAGGAGCUCUCAUUCGACCGCCUGCACCAGAUUGUGAGUGCAGAGCACGUGACGUCGCUGCUGCACCUGCGCCUGAUUCUGGAGGAGCUGCAAGUGAGCGCAUCCUUUGACACGCUUGACACGUUUAUCCCGCGCAUGCUCGCGCCGCCCACGCUGCCGGCCUUCUUCGGCCUCGUUCUCCAGCGCCUGGAGGACACGUACAACGAUGCGCUCAAGAGCACAGUCGCGCCCGCUGUUGCGCGGCGUGGUAUUGUGGGCAGCAUCAUGUGCUAUGUUGCGUGUGCCCAGCACGGCAUUACCGAGACAGAGCUGAUGGCGGUGCUGGGCGUCGCCCGCUCCCAGAUCUCCACGCUCAUGUUCGCUGUGGAGGAGUUUAUGCAGAUCAACACCGGGUACGUGCUGUUUGCACACGAGGCGUUUCUCAAAGCGGUGGAGGGCAAGUAUCUCAGCACAGAUGCCCACCGCACAGCCGUGCACGCUGAGCUUGCUGCCUUCUUUGCCGGCACCAUUGGCGACAACGGCUGCGGUGAUGCCCUGCCCACUGACGAGGAGAGCAGCGUUGCGCGCGUGUGUGCGGAGCUUCCAUGGCACCUCCUCCUCUCCAAGCAGACGGCAGCGCUCUGCGCGUUCCUCACCCGCAUCCCCAUCUACCGCCGCAUGCGCGCCUCUGAGUUUCUCAAACUUGAGCUGGCAAGCUUCUGGCGAGAGGUGGGCCUAGACGAGGCAAGUGCGCGCUACCCUGCUGCACUUGCAGCCUACCUUCGCAAGACAAACCUCGGUGCCGUGGAGGCGGCGGACGUGACCCUGGCCCUGGCCACGGGCCUCCAUGAGUGGGGCGAGUACGGCGCAGCGGAGCAACUCUACCAGUCUGCACUCGACACUAUCACAGACGGGCGCACAACGCCUUUGCUUGCAGGCCACAACGACAACAACACCAAUACCAGCAGCCACCAUCACCACCACCACCACGACGACGAUGACGACGACGAGCACAGCAACGACGCUGAUGUUGAUCGGGGCCUGUCCCAAGCGCAGUCGCACGUGCUGGCGGAGGUGUUGGUUGGCUUUGCGCGUCUGCGCACACACCAGAGCCGCGGCAGGGAGGCGCAGGCCCUCCUCCGCCGCGCGCACCCCAUGUUCGUGCGCAUGUUCGGAGCCGACAGCCGCGAGGCAACACAGGUGCUGGACGACCUGGCAUGGAACCAGAUCAUGGCCAAGCAGCUGCGUGGUGAGCGCGGCGCCGUCUCGCUGCUGAAGCAGUCGCUGCUCGCCAAACUGCGAGCCAUGCCCAGCACCAUUGCCGCCACCAUGCACCUGGACACCCUCGAUGGCGGCGCUGAUUUGGACGACGACGCAUGGACGCAUGUCAUUGACACGCUCGCCGCCAACCCGAAGCAGACGCCACGCACGGUUCCGCCCGCGCUCAACAGACUUGCCCUCGCAUACUCCAACCUGGGCCACAUGCGCAUCGCGGAGCAGCUGUUUUCCUGCUCGCUCCUCCUCCACCGCAGCCUGUGGGGCGACCAGCACCCGAAUGUCGCACUUGUCCUCGGUGACCUGGGCAGCCUGUACGCGCGCCAGAUCCCACCCGAGAAGCUGAGUCUUGCUGCGCAGGGGGAGGUGUAUCUGUACGACGCAGCAGACCCCGAGCGCAGCGACGCGCAGCCUUUGCGGAUGGACGUGGACACGCUGUUCUCCAAGGCGAAGCAGUGCUAUGAGGAGGCCAUUGCCAUCCGCACGCAAACGCUUGGGCGGGAGCACCCGUUCACUGCCACGUCCCUCAAGGGCCUCGGCGACCUGCUGUGCCGUCGUGCGCGCGUGCAGGAUGCACUUGUGCUCUAUCGCCAAUGCCAUGAAAUUCGCCUGGAUGCACUGGGCAAAGACAACAAGCAGACGCAGCUGGUGGCCGCGCGGCUGAGGGAGCUUGGCGAGGCCGUGUGAUGGGCUGUGGUGUGGUGUGGUGUGGUGUGGUGUGGUGUGGUGUGGUGUGAUGAUGUCAAGACGUGCGCGCCACACGCUGUGAUGGCGUGUUGGUACCGCUGGGCUCUGUGUGAGUUGAAGGCCCGCGUUACGUCUUGUUUGCGCUGCUCUGUUCUUACACCGGCUCCGUUACAGCUUACUCGCUGCUUGUUCACUCACGUCAGCGAGGUCGCUUCUCUCUGCUUUGCACAUGUGCCAUGUUGGACCGUUCUCCCCUCCAUCUCUUUGCCCCUUUCUCGUUGCAUGCACCGUUUGUUACAUCUGUGCGGCUUCCACUCGCUGUUACUACAUGCAACUCUGCUCCAGCAUGAAUGCAAAAACUCAGCCAAAGUGCACGGUCGCAAUGGACAGGUAAUCCCCGUCACAAAUCACACAGCCAG